AUGAGACUAAUGAGGUACCCUAUUAACCCUCUAAACAGCCUUCGCAAAAGCCAAAUGCUUAGAAGCAACACCCAAUCUAAAGAAAUUUAGAUUCAUCCACAAAAAGCACCACCAGUCAUCAGCAUUGAGACACCGACAAAUUAAAACAAUUAAGUCACAAGUUAGUAUUAAGUCGCGCAUUAGUAAAAUAAAAAGCAAUACGAAAAAGUUGAAAAGCCAAAAGUGCAUUAGAAGAAAAAAUAUGAGAUGACACUAAGGCUAUUAGAGGGAAAAAUUAUCAGAGAUUAUUCGACGAUGCUUUUUAAGAUGUCAACUUACCUGACUGUGGAGCUAAAAAAAGGGAAACAACAGUUUAAAACUCAAUAACUUCCAAGCAAAAAUCCUAAAUGGAAUGAAAGUUUCAAAUUUGAGGUUAAUAACAUUGGUGAUGUCGUUUAGAUUACUCUCUAUAAUAAGUUUGCAUUCCAAAAGGAGGAUAAAUUAGGGUAUCUAGUAUUUUCAUUGGAAAAAUUAGAAAACUACAAUACAACUGAUUGGUUUAUACUCUACGAUGACGACAAUCAAUAAGUGGGGUCUGUAUUGAUAAAUCUGACAUCUGAAGAGAUUAAAAGUAAAUCCAAUAAGAAAAAAACUUAAGAUACUCCAACUGAGUCAGAGGAGGGUGAUUUAGAUGAGCAUGAUGUCGAUGAGGAGCUUGAGUAAUCUUUAGAUUACAGAGACCACGAGAUAUCUAGAUCACUUAUUCCUAAAAAUCAUAUCAAAGGUCAGUAUGAAAGAAGUUUUCCGAGGAAUGCAGCCAAUAUGAAUAAUGUCUCAUAAUACAAAGGUUUACACACCUAGUAGCAGCAGUAAAGUUCUCACUCUUAUUUGAACACUCAAACUAACUAAGCUAGAUAGAGUGUUACUGAGAAUUCAGUUAUUAGACAUUACAGUUCUCAUACAUCUAAUUCUGAUGAUCUUGAUUCUCCCUCAAAGCCAACUAAGCAUCUAAACUAUAACUAAAAUCAGUUAAUUGCAAAUAGGGAACUUCACAAUAGAUCUAAGAAUUUUAACAUCACAGCCUAAAAUCAAUCAAGGAAUAAUUUCUAAUAGAGUUAUACAGGCAAUGCAGUCUUAGGUCAUUAGGAAGAGGAGUAAUUACUUCCAUAGUAGCUGUUUUAUGGCAAGAACUAGCAUCAUUCUAAUUCAAGCAAUAAUUUAAUGCUCUAGCAAUAACAGCAAAUCCAGUAAUAGCAUAUGAUGUAACAAAAUUAGCAACAAUACAGAAAUAACAUUCAUAACUCCCAAUUCUUGUAUCUUGAUGAGAUAUCUGAUCCAAAUGGUGCUGCUAGCAAAAGCCAUCAUCAUUAACACAAAAAUCACUGCAAAAAGUCAAAAGAUAGAUCAAGUAGGAGAAAUAAAAAGCAUCAGCAUAAUCAAAAGGAUAAGCAUAAAAAGUAGCAUGUCUAGCAGCCUUUGCAUGAGGUAGAAUAGUUUGUAGAUGAUAUUGAUUAAAAUCUAGAAAAUGAUGAUGAAGAUAUUAACUAUGGUAACUAUCUGAAUUAAAGAUCAUAGAAUCAUUUCAACUAGAAUAGUGCUGGAAACUAAAUGCAACAGCCUAUCUCUGCAUCACAGUCUCAAUAAUUAUUAUCAGCUUUUACAAAACAUCACAAUAUCAAUUAUGAUUCUGGUGGAGCCACUUCUGGUAGUAAUGGAGGAUAGUAGCAGAUCUAUAGCAAUAUGGGUGUAAGUAUUGGGCUAAGUGGAAGCGGUGGUGGAAAUUCUACUAAUGGAAUAAACGGCAUGCAUCUUAAUCCUUAUCACUUAGGUGCUGGAUCAAGUGGAAGUUAUCUUCCAAAUGCCAAUCUAAAUGGACCAAGUUAUUUUGAAGAUCAACACUCAAUAGAGUCUUUAAAUGAGUUAAACGCUCUUGGCAAUCAUAAUAUCAAUUCUCAUAUGAUAAUGAAUUCUAACUUCCAAGGUAUGAUUUCUAAAAAUCUCUAUGAUGCCUCUGAAAUCUAAGAUAUUGAGGAAGCAAAGUUGCAAUUGAUGAAGGAAAACUAAAUUAUAAGUCAACAAGAAAUGUAGAUUCAAUAAGCCUUCGCCUAGUACAAAUAAAGCAAAGAAACCUUGAAUCGUGAGAUUCACUUAUUUUAAGAGUAAGAGAAGUAGUUCCAAGAAAUGAAAAAGAACUUCUAGAUGUAAAUGGAUGAAUUUAAUAAAGAAAAAAGGUUGCUAUCAGUUUAGAAGAAGGAGUUUAAGUACUAAAAAUAGUAACUAGAGAGAAGAUUUUUCAAUAUGAAAAAGGAGAGAGCUCUGCUUUCUUAAAAGCAGAAGUCAAUAGAUGAUCUGUAUUCAAAGUUUGAGGAACUCAUCAAUCAAACCAAGAUGCUCAAGAGUCCUUAGAUGGCAUAAAACUAUCCGCUUAAGAUCGAUGAACUACUGAAUUUGAUGAAGGGGAUUCAUUAUGGACUCCAAAUACUAAUUACUUCAGACAAGUUUUAAGAUCUAGACAGGCUAAUGAUGGAAGAAUAGCAAUACUAGCAAUAAUAAAAUCACCUUAAUAUCCAUGGUCACAUUCAAUAAGAAUCAACUAGCUCAAUUGCAACUAAUUCAACUGGAAACUAUAACUUCUUGAUCCAAGGUGGUGUCAGCGGCGGCAGUGGCAAUAAUCCUCUCUUUGGAGGAAACAAACAUUCUCCCAUUAAUAAAAAUUCUCCCUACAGUGCACAGAGACAGCAAAUUCACAACUAACAACUGAUGUCUCAGCAACUUACUUAGUAAAAUUCUAGCAACCUUAUGAUGUAGCAAUAAAAUCAAUCAAUGAAUAAGGGUAUAAAGCAAGGCAGCAAUAAUCAUCUUCACCAUCCCCUUCAAAUUGGAAGCAGCAAUAACUCAUAAAGCUCGCCACAAGUCAUUGCUGAUAUAAUUAACACUGAAGAGGAAGAUUUUCUGGACUAAGAUGAGCUAUUUAAGAAACUUUCUCCAAGAGGUCAGAAUGAAGAGGAAGAUAUUGCUGAUGAUUAUUCAACUAACAUGAAUAUGAAAAAAGCUGUUGAUAAACAGAAGUUUUUCUUUAAGAGCAAUAAAGGACCUUUCCUAAAUGAGCAGCAUGAGUUAUCUACUAUUAUUGAAAAAGAAUUAUUAACUAGCCAGAGAAGAAGUAGCAAUGGGGCAGUGGGUACAAACACUACAAUUGAUAACUAUAGAAGCAAUCAACACUAGUAAUAGUAGCAAAUCCAAAACCAAAACUAAUUGCUUUAGUCUCAGCAAAUUAUUGGAGGAUUAAAUGGGUAGCUACAUUCAUAAGCUUCUGCUUUCCAGACAAUGGGAACUGAUAUGAAUCAGGCUAAUCUUGAAAUCGAAGAAGAAAAAGACAAUCAGCUAGCAUAAGCCAAUAAUAACCUGAUAUCAUUGAAGUUAGCUGAACUAGAAGGUUUUAAGAAAGCAUAUAUAGAAAAACUAGCUUAUCUUUCAACUAUCGAAUAGCAAAUUCUAAAGAAUACAAGUGAUGUUAAACAGUAACCUGAUAUUUUAACGAAUCAGUUUAUGAGUAACUAAGCCAAUCAAUUUUAGCAAAUAGAAUAAGACUAAUACUAAACUAACAUGAUGGACAAUAAUUAGUUCUUCUACACUUAAAAUGAGCUCUAUGUCUCUGGAAAUACCGAUAACUCCCAGAACUCUUAAAUUAACAGGCAAUCAAUUGUCUAAAUUACAGCUAAUGGAGAGCAGAUAAUUGACUUAUAGAGUGAGAUUCCUUUGAUUCAGAGUCAAAAUCAUAACCAGCCAUAGAUUCAAAAUGCUGAGCAAGAUAGUUUCGAAUUCAAGCCUGAUCCGGACUUCUUAAAGAAGAUAAAUCAAAACAUGCUUUCUAAUGAUGGGAAAUUUGGCUAGAAUAACAAUCAACCUCCUGUAAAUAACAGAUUCAACCAAGGUUUAAAUACAGGAGCUCAGAUAAAUCCAUAGAUUUUUUACAACACCUAUGGCGAUGAAGAAGACUAGCAAGAAGAAGUCUCUCAGCAAUAUGAAAUAGAUUACCCAGAGUAAGAGCAACUUGAUUUCUAAGAGGAUGAGAUUAUGAGAAAUCAGUCUAACAAUGAAAAUGCUCAAAUGAAAAUGAAUUAUGAUAUGUACAAUUAGUUUGCGCAGCUACCUCCUCCUAAUCUUUACGGAUAGAAUAAUAGUCCUGGCAUGUAUAUUAAUGGAGUAUUCUACUCAAGCAAUCUUGAGAUGAAUUACAUAUCCAACUAGGAUCUUUAAUAGCAGGUCUCAGAUAGCCAAUAUAAGGACUUUAAUGAGGCUUUGGACAACGAUUAAAGCUAUGACAAUAAUGCUGGUACUAUCAUGCAUAACAACAAGAUUAUUACUCAUGAAGAUAUUGUAUAGCAAAAGGUCUAGUAGCUACAACAAGCUCUCCCCACAGGCUAAGGUAAAAUUACAGUAAAGGAUCAAGAGAAAGUGUAGCUCGAGGUAAAGGCUAAAAGAGAAAAGCUUCCUGAAGAUGAAAUAAUCAGGCUGAUUAAUGAGAAAUACAUGUUCGAAGAGAACAACAAAGACGUUAGUGUGAUCUACUCAAGUGAUGGUAGAAUUUUCGACUAACCUAAGAAAGCGCUCUAUGGCAUCCAGAGAACUAAUGUGCAGUUCUGA